CAAAGCGCAACAGAUGUCGACAUUUUGAAACGUCUUAAUCACCUAGAAGUUUACACAAAUGUUAAAUUUGACAAUUAAAUUAAAACACGUGGACAACGAUGCAUCAUCAUCAACUAAAUGUGUAGAAAAAUACUAAUGUGUGAUGACAGUGAAUAAAAGAACGAUUCAAUAUUAAUCAAACUGAUUUAGAACCGUACAACAAAUCGGUCAAUAUGUUUACAUAACUAGCCGUGAAGGAGAAAAAACGAUAAACUAUAAGAUAUAUAUUGUAUGUAAAUCUAAAGUAAAUAAUUCAGUGAUACCCCCUUCUGUUAUUAAAGCUUACGUUGCGAGGUAAAUUAUGGAAGGUUUCCAGGACAGACAAGGUGCGGUAAGAGGACUUCUUAUUCGAGGCAUGAUUUAUGAACCUCUGGAAUUUAAAGAAGUAGUUUAAUCUUGUUCGAAAAAUAUUCCGAAUUAUUCUUUGAUAGUUGUUUUUAAAAAGUACGGUGUGUUCAGGAAUAAGUCGUAAAGAACAAACCUAAAACUGUUUUCAGAAGAAAGAAGAACUUGUACCUUUAUAUAUGGAUAUCAAUUAAACAAGCCUCCGUAUGUUUCAAUAGUGAAGAAAUCCAUUUCUGAAUGAAAAUAAAUCGUAGGACAGUCGAUCAACACACAUACCACUUUGUAUAUAAAUAUUUUCGUAUGGGAUUUGGAGCCAGCAAACAGGUUGUAAUCAGUGCUGCAGCUAACGAAAAUGUCGCUAGAUUGAGCGCUAUAUUAUUUAGUAAGGACGACGCUGAAUCAGUGUUGAGAUUUGAACCAAUGGGAACGUACCUUUUAUAUCGUGAUUAUGAAUCUGAUAGGAUGUAUCUGUCAUUAAGAUCAGAGAACUACGUUGAGCAUCAUAGGAUUAACUACGAGGAUAAUUUGUAUUAUAUGGAUAAUCAGCCGUAUCCUUACUUAGAUUCAAUUGUCCGAUAUCACCAAAGACACAAACUUAAUGGUACAAGACUCAAACAUCAGGCACAUCUCAGUGCAAGAACUGUUAAGUUAUUUACUACAAAAAUCACAGCUCAGAAUGGCUAUGUUCAGCUCGAUCGAAAAUCAAAAUCCGAAUCCGAUAUUACAGACAAUAAUAAUGUAAUUGGAAUUGAACAUAAAAAUGACGUUUUAGUUGGUAAAAGUCGAAUAUCAAAAUCAAGUGGACGUCUCUGGAUUUCCGGUAUUCAUAAAUCAUUAAAGCGCAUGUCUGCACCAGAAAGAGAUGGUAUAUUUUCUGGAAACGGUAUUUAUCAUAGGGAUCCACGACCAAAUACAUUUACGGAGAAUGGCUACAUUCCUCAUAUGGAUGAAGGGGACAACUUAGAUAAUAUAAUAGAGGAUUUACAAGAUUUUCAUCAUUCACUUAAUUCAUCACCAAGGACAGACAAUUCAUCACCAAGGACAGACAAUUCAUCACCAAGGACAGACAACUCGUAUUCGGAUAUAAAAUCUGAAAGAAAGGCAACUUCUGCUGAAUGGAAACAAUCUAAAGAAAUAGCAGCACCAAGUUACGAAAGGCGAUUCGAUGUUACAACAGCUUUUGGUUUUGGAAGGACGUCUUUUACGACAAGUAUAAAAUCUCCAGAUACUCCAACUCAAAAAAGACAAUUCGGUGCAACAGAUUUUAAAUCGCCAGUUGAUGAAGUUAAACCUACAGAACAUGUAAAACAUACGGAGAACAAUGACAAUUCCAAUAUUUUGUAUUGUAGUCAUUUAUAGUCUUCACACAGGACAAUUUCCGGUUCAUCGAGGCUUCACGGCUGGACAAUAUCCCAGUCUCACAGGCUCAACACGAACACGGGAUAAGACUACAUCCAAGUCUUUCAAUGUUUAAUCAAUAUGCAUUAGAGUAUUUUUGAUUCUUGAUUGUUCAUGUUUUAUAACAUUUAUUUCUUCAUAUGUAUAUUUGAUGAUACAAAAAACAAGUUGUUAUGAUUGAUAUCAGUAUGUAUUCCUUGUAAUUUCGAGUUCAUUUCGCAUUUGCAUAAACAUAAGGAUACUUGCUUACAAUUAUAAAGAUUUCCAUAUACGUCUUCUC